CCCUCCUCUCUGAAGCGGAACCAUCAUCUCCACGAGACGCAGUCGGCGAUGGGAGGACUGGCCGCGUGCGGCGGGCCCCGCUCCAUUUCCCUCUAAUUCACGCCGUCGCACUUGGCUUUUAAAUCCCGGCGAAAAAUGGCGACGGGGGCAGGCUGGCAGCCUCCGUACAGCACCUCGACGAGCACCAGCAAAUACGCCCCCUCUCCAACGGCGUCCAACAUGUUUUACGACGGGAGCUUGACGCUGGAAUACACUCCGGACCUGCACCUGAAGAUGAGCAAGAAGAUCGCGCAGCUGACAAAGGUAAUUUAUGCUCUCAACACCAAGAACGAUGAGCACGAGGAGGAAAUCGAGUCUCUGAAAGAAGCCCACGAGGAUGAGGUCCAACACAUAGUGACGGAAACCAGAGACAAGAUCAUGCAGUACAGGAGCAAAAUGGCGGACGAGGCGGACCUGAGGCGGCGGCUGGCCAGUCUGGAGGAAUCUGUCGAACUCCACGACCACAUGAAGAGACAGGCCUUGGCAGAGUUCGAGAUGUACAGACAGAGGAUGGAGGACUCGCAGCUCUGCACAGAGGCCCAGCAUACCCAGAGGGUGGUGUCCAUGAGCAGAGAGGUGGAAGAGAUGCGUCGCGAUUUUGAGGAGAAGCUUCGGGUGUUCAGCCAGGCUCAGGCCCAGUUUGAGGCAGAUAAGCGGCGGGCGCUGGACGAGCUGAGGGCCACCCACCGACACGAGGUGGAGGAGCUCCGCAACAACCAGCAGAACCACAGCGCCACCUCUGCCGAGGACCAGGAGAAACUGGCCGAGCUGCAUAGACAAGAGGUGGAGGCUUUGAUGGAGAGGCUGGAGGAGCUGACGAAGGAUAAGGUCCGUCUGGUGGAGGAGUACGAGGCCAAGCUGGCCAAGGCGCAGGAGUACUAUGAGAGGGAGCUGGAGGCCAUGAGGAGGACCCACCAGCUGACCACUGAGAACCUGCUGGCCUGGAAGAGGACGGAGGUGGAGCUGCGGAAGGAGUUCCAGGCUCAGGAGGCGGCGCUGCAGCGUUCGCUGUCCAAGCUGAGGAGCGAGCUUCAGAAAGCUCAGGAGGAGGCCCGGGAGAACCGCGACAAAACCAACAGGCUGCAGACGUCGCUGGCCAACGCAGAGGGAACCAUCAAGAACCUGCACAAGCAGCUGGAGGAAGCCAUCCAGGACGGAGAGAUCUGGGUGAUGCAGCUGAAGGACACCGAGUAUGAACUGGAGAGCAGCAGGGAGCGCGUUCAGCAGCAGGCUACAGAAAUCCUCCACAAAGCCAGUCAGAUCGGCUCCUUGCAGGCCACCCAGAUGGCCCACGAGGCAACCAUCAGGAACCUGGACCAGGAGCAGAGUCGUCUCAAGGAGAAGAUCGGCCGGCUGGAGGAGGAGCGGGAGGCCCUGCUCAACCAGAGCCAGGCCGCCGGCGAGCAGCACAAACAGCAGGUGGUGAAACUGGAGCAGUCUCUACGGGAGGAGCACCAGGGCUACGAGAAGGAGCUGUCCAGGCUGAGAGCUCACUACGAGGAGGAGACGCUGCGCUUUAAGGAGGCCCAGGUCAGAGCGCUGGAGGAGCUGGAGGAGAAGCACAGGGCCAUGAGGGAGGAGGCCCAGCAGGAGAAGGAGGAUGAGAAGAAGCUCCUCGUCACGAAAAUGAGUCAGGAGUUCGAGAUCAAGCGUCUGUCUUUAGAGGAGCAGAGAGAUCGUCUUCAGCAGCAGCUGGACAACUUGAAGGAGGAGCUUGCGGCCAAAGUCAACAUGGCCAAUCAGGAGGUCUCCCACCUGCAGGAGCUGGUGAGGGAGGGGGAGCAGAACCUGAGCUCAGCUCAGACGCAGAUAAGCUGUCUGAAGGAAACCCAGGAGAAGCUGCGGAUAGAGCUGGACGCCACCAGAGGCCGAGUGAGGGAGACCAGCAACCUGCUCACUGACCUACAGGAGGAGAUCGAGACCCAGAAGCAGCAGCAUGAUGCCAGAGUGAUGGCCAUCCGGACGGAGGAGAAACAGAAGAUGGACAAGAUGGCAGAUGACUUGGAUCAGAAGUGGAGAGACGCACUGCGGGAGGAAGUGCGUUUGCUGAAGGAGGAGCUGAGCGAGGAGUGUGAAGCCGACAAGCAGGCAGCUCUCACUCAGCUUUCCCAGCAGAAGGAGCUGGAGCUGAUGGCCUCAAGAGAAGGCUGGCAGAGGAAAGUGGAAGACCUGCUGGAACAGAUAUCGCUCCUGAAGCAGUCCCUGGAGCUGCAGUUGUCUCAGUCUCAGUCUGCUCUCCAGCAGCUGCAGUCUCAGUUCAACCAGGAGAGGGAGCUGCUGAGCCAGCAGCUUAAAGAGAUGCAGAGGGAACACCAGAGGAGAGAGCAUCGAUUACAGGAGGCUCACUGCUGCGCCCUCAGCACCAUGGAGGAGGCCAGACAGCACCAGAUCAGAGCCCUGGAGGAGCGUCUGAAGCAGGAGCACAGGGAGGAGGUCCAUGCUCUGAAGGAGGCCCACAGGAGGACCUUGGACAUCCUCAGGCAGCAGUCAGACCAGGAGCUGCAGACGCUCCGAUUUGAGCUGGAGGACGAGGGGAAAGCAAAAAUGGCGUCUCUCCGGGCAGAGCUGAACCACCUCCACGCUACGGCCAUCGAGCAUUUGAAGCAGAUCCACCUCAAAGAAAACAGCGCAGCUAAAAGGGAACUGGAGAAGGCGAUGGAGCACAGCCACCAGCAGGAACAAGAACUCCUGGUUCGCAUCUCCGACCUUCAAGCGGACUUGUGUUCCCGCGGCAACCGCAUCACCGACCUGGACCACGAAAUCCACUCUCUGAACGAGACCAUCGACACGCUGACCAGAGAGCUGGAGCUGAAGGGCAAAGAGGUGCUGCGAGUCCGCAGCGAAGCCAACCACCAGAUAAGGGCUCAUGAGCAAGACCUCAUAAAGAGGCACGAGAGGGACCUGGACGAGAUGAAAGUAGUUCACCACAGAGAAGUGCAGAUCAUGCUGGCCGACUUCAACAAGGCCCAGGAGGUGCUCAAAGACAAGAUUUCCGCUCUGCAGAUCCUGUUGGAGGGUACGGAGGAGAAGUUGAGGAACAGAGAAAGCCGACCAGAAGAUCUCCACCUCAUAGCAGAGCUCAGAGAGAUGGUGACUGAAAGAGAAGCUCUGGUCAAAAAGCUGGUCGAUGACAAGAAGUUCUACCAGCUGGAGCUGGUGAACAGAGAGACGGGCUUCAACAAGGUCUUCAAUUCCAGUGCCAACGUUGGUGUCAUCAACCCUCUUAUCAAGUCAAAAACAGGCAGCCAAUCAGAUCAGCGCCUCACCAGCUUUCCUAGCCAUUCUGCUCUCCGAUUCGUCAGCCCUCCCACCAUGAGCCACGAAGGCCAGGAAGAGGGGGGGCGGGAGGCGGAGGAGGUAGGACCGGGAGGCCGCUAUGCGCUUCCUCACUCCCCCCUCCAGAGGUCCCUCCCAAGGUUUAAGAAAGCCCUGCCACUGUUCAGCCCUCUUCCUCCUCCUCCUUCUUCUUCUACUCCUCUACCUCAGCAUCCUCCUCCUCCUCAUCCCCCACACCAUCCCAUGCCGAGCCUCGCUCCUCCUCAUGCUUCUCAGGAUCCUCUCGUGCAGCAUCAGGGCCUGCAGCGCUGUGGGAGCCUUCCUGAAGCCGGCGCUCCCACACCAUCAGACUCGAGGGGGAUCGAGGCUGAAAAAGGCAAGGAAUAUGUUCCAAAAGAGGAAGACUUGUACUCCCUGUACUUCUCUUUCUGACUGGCAAAAAAUACCCCAGUUCUGUCAAAAAAAAUAAAAAUUGGUAAAGUAAUGGGACAGAGAGCUAAAGUUUGACGGCGAUCUAACGGCACGAUUCGAGUCAUUUGAUGGACUGAGAUAUCAGACAUCCAGGCGUCAUCGCAGCAUUUCAGGCUUCCAGUGUGACUUCUGUCUUAGGGCUUCCAUACAUGAAGGGAUGAGGAGGGGCUAACCAGGCUUCAUCGUUACCAAAAGUUCAUGCUAGCUUUUGGAAUCGUGAUGCAAAACUUGAUUUAACAAUAAGGUCUGAUCAGUGACAGUUGAAACCAGAUAUUUACAUGCACUUUAUAUAAAAAAUACUAUAUAUUUUUUUUCCUUUCUAUCUGACACUGAAUUUAAAUAAACUUUUAGCAGUUUUAGGUCAACUAGGAUUAAUAGAUAUAGGUUUUUUUUUAUUUGCUAAAGGGCAGAUAUAACGAGACUUUUUCUUUAUUUUGUAAAAAUUCAGAGGUUUACAUCCAUUUCUUUAGUAUUUGGUAAAAUCAGCUUUUAAACUGUAUGACUUAGGUCAAAUAUUUUUUGGUAUUUUACUAUAUUCUCAUAGCAGUUUCCUGUAAUUCUGGCCUAUUCAUCCUAACAGAACAGAUGUAAGGAGAUCGGGUUUGUAGGCUGCCAUGCUCUGGCCAAAACCUUUCUAGGGUGGAAAUUUCAGGACAUUUCUGAUGGUCAUCUCAGAGGAUUGGCUUUGCAGUUCUUAAGCCUCUUUUUAUCCAAUUUGCUGGUUUCAUUAGCAUUAUUGACCAUCUAGAAAACCCAUUUUGUGCUCAAGCUUUAACUCCCUGGUGGACAUCUUCAGGUUGUGCACCAGUCUUUGCUGAAGCAGAACAUCUCCACACAUGACGCUGCCACCACCGCACAUCUGGGCUGAGAUAUUGGGAAGAAAGAAUUUUGUGUUUGAGGUUUUACCUUUAUACACGUCAGCAGGCGUCCUUUCACUUAAAUUUGCCCAUCAGAACCUUACAAAGCCACUACUUCGUCAUCUGGGCUUUCCUGGAUGUUUUAAAGCCACAGUAAUCUUGGUGUAUGUAAACUUCUGAAUUUGAGGAAAGGGAGAGAAAGAACGUUUAGAGAGUAGAUGCAGAGGCUUUUUUUUUUCAAUGUCUGAGAUAGAUUUCUGUAAGGAGCAAUUAAAAUAUAGUCCAAUUUCAGCAAUGCUUCUUUCUAAGUUAACAGUUGUUUCAUUUAGAUUCGAGUCAGUUUAAAUCUGAUAAAGCAACGACCUAAGAACUAUUUUUAGUCAACAUUUUAUUUGGUUUGCUUACUGCUGUACUUGGGGUCAUUGUCUUCUUGAAACACCCAUUUUAAGGGCUCUUCCUCUUCGGCUUAAGAUGACGAGGCGUUUCUCGAUUCAUUUAAACUGAUCCAUAUUCCCCAGAAAUGAGCUAAACGGUCUUUUUGAGAUAGAUUCCCAUACCAUAAUGCCUACGCCACCGUGCUUCCCACUGUACUGGGCUUGAAAUCAGUGUUUGGAGGUCAUCCAGCAGACUAAUUGUAGCUUAUAGUCCCAUAAAGAAAGUAAAAAAAAAUCAGCCCACAAAAGGCCUGCAGAGCUUAUUUAAUCAUCCAGGAGCUGAGGACUGAUUUUUGUCUUUACCACUUGCCCGACUACAAUAUUAGAUUUCCAUUUUCCUGAUUUUGUUUUCCAUUUUUUGCUCUCCUUUGUAUGAUUCGCACUUCUUCUGACCAGUGUCUGACACAACCUAUCGUCCUCAACAUGUACAGCAUUUGUUGCCUUCAUCCUUAAACAGCUUUAAGGAUUUUAACCCUUAAACCUCCUCACUGACUGAACCAAGCUCUUUUCAAUCUACGAUUCAACUACACAGAAUCAGCCGCUUUCAUGUCAGAACUGCUGGAUCUGUUGGUUUUCUAUUACUCCACCACACUUACUGGUAAAUUAUUUGCCAUGUAGGUAAAGGAUUUUUAUUUUUUUUUACCAAAACCAGUACGAAUCUGGCUUUUAACGUGAUUUUGAGCUCAACUCAUUAGGAUUUACUAUCUGAAACUAGGCUGCCUUCAUGCUCCUGUGUUUUACUCGUGGACUUGUCGUUCGUCUUGGUUCUGGUUGCGCUUUUUUCGGCCUCUGCAGUAAAAAUGACGACACCAGCAAGGACAACAAAACAAAAGCCUAACUUUAGCUCGCUCUCCCAGUGCUUUGACUGUGUACAUACAGUACGUGUCUGAAACGUCCGAGCUAACCGAGGGGCGCUUGGUUUACAGUUUCUGACGCCACAACAGCCUCAGGAGGAGAAACGCGAAGACGGGCUGAACCAAGCGCCCCUCGUAUUUUUAUUAUUACACUAUUUAUAACGUAUGAAGCUACUGUUUUUCCUGUGGUCUGUUUUUUUUUUUUUACACCACAGCUACCAGAGAUGUAAAGAAGAGGAGUUCUACCUAUUGUACACGGUUGUUUAUUAUUAUUAUUUUUAUUAUUUAAUGCCAAGGAGCGUUUGGUCCAAGUUUAAUGAGAAACUCAACGUCUGGGCCUGAACUCCCCUGCUGCAUGUCUCUGGCUGUGAGGACAGACCACGGAGCAUGUGGAAACAGAAACACUCAUGCUGCUCUCAUUCACCUGAAGACUCAUAUCUUUGCAGUGCACCGUCCAGUUUCUUUACUUUUAAAGGAGCUAUAAGUAAUACUGACACCUUGUGGCUCAAAUCGGUAGGACAGCUUGGCAAUCACAACAAUCUAAUAUGCCGUUUUUAAACGGUGCGUUGCUGAUGUGAAUUUUUUACUCACACAGGACAGGUAUACGAUGUAUUUUGUUCUAUUUCUGAUCCGCCUCUCUUCCUGGCUUCCAUGUCUUUAGGCUGCUGCUCUUUUGCCAAAAUAAAAUACCAAAUGCUCUGUUUUGGGAACCCUGGGAACUCUCAUAUUAUUGGGAACCAGGAAGUAAACACGGCUACACUCUGAACCCAAAGUUAUUCUGCACAGUACCUCUAGGUUUCAAAGGAGAAAACCUUCACUAAGACGUUAUUGAUGGAAAAGACCGAUUGUUUAUGGGGAAUCUUACUUCCAUCCUGGGUGACAAAUGAGAAUGAUUUAGGUUGAUUUUUCAGUAAAUAUCUUACUUAUAGCUCCUUUGGCUCAAAAAGUUUACAUACUAUAGUUAAUGUGCUGGAAUCCAUUCAUAAAUCUGUACAGUUUUCAAAGCUGCAUGCUCAUCUUCAAACCCAAAAGAGGCCCGUUCUGUUCUUGGUAAGCCAGACGUGCGUUUAAGAGUCCAAGGCGUAAACAUACUACACCAGUCUGAUGACCGCUUGUCUUCAUUUACCAAACAUGGAGCGGCUGUAGGCAUUCAAGAAGUGUUUGAACUCCUACGGUUUUAUUAAGGCUUCACGUGUUUUUAUUUGGACACCACCAAAAAGGGGUGCAGAGGCAAUCACAUGAGAAAUUUCUCCCCUUUUUAUCUGCUUUAAAUCCUGUAUUCACGUGUGCUGUUUAAUCCCCGCACAGAAAAAUCUGAAAUUAUAAUCCUGUCAAUUUUGAUUGAACACCCUUCAGAUUUGUUGGCACCCAUACUCUUAAUUAUUUGUACAGCCAUUCCUUAUUCCAUUUUCUCGUACAGUUCACAAGAUUUUUAACUAAAAUCUUUCAAAGGGAAAAUGAUUAAACAAUCUCUGACAUGGUUUUCAGGGAAUUUGGAAAGGAAGCAGGCCCACAGCAUCACUAAUCCUCCCCCAUGCUUGAUUGUGAGGAUGACGUUUGCCACCAGCUAAGACUCUUCUGACCAAAGCACACGUUUCCAGAUGAAGUCAGUUUAGCAAACUUCACGUUUGUGGCGGUCGGAAAGAAUUUUUUUUUCUUAGCGUCACUGUGUGAUAACUCGGUUUGUUAAUGGUGUUUUAGAUAUAUGGAAGUUUAGGAUGGUAGCUACUUUCUUCCAGGUUCGUCCUUCCUAGUAAAGAUGAAUGACCAUUUUUCCCAAUUUGAAGAUUGGGCUCUGUGUAACGCCAUAUUUUUUCCCCAGAGAAAUGUAAAAACAAAAACACAAACAUUCCCCACUCAAUCAAUGCAGCUCAUGAAUUUUCAAUGUUUUUUUUUUUUUUUUAUGAAUUUUUGGUUUUUAUACCAAAACAUUUAUGCCAUUAAAUGCAAAGGGUGCUGCACAUAUUUCCCAGAGCCCAUUUGGUCAAAAAAUUUCAGAGUAAUCUUCUCACUAAAUGUAGAGUUCAACACUUCCUGAAACAACUUAAACAAUAUAACGAUAAGGAUUCAGAAAUCUGUCCUAUUUGUCAUGAAUGAAGCAUCUAGUCUCUGAAGUUGUGCUGAAUGUGCUAAAAUGGUUUAACUGUAAAUACUUCAAUGUAAAAAGGAAGGAAUAACGGCGAGUUCAGGGGAUCUUUCUGGCAUUAAGGUCCAGAUGCACUGAACCCCAGCUGGUUCAUUGCUCCAUGCACACUGUGAAGUUUAGAUUAAUUUAUUAUAUAAAAUAUGGGCAUUUUAUUCUAGAUAUCUGCUCUCUACAGGGCAGAAAUCUUAAAUUUUUUUAAAUUUAAUAUAUUAUCUCACAAUCACAUUCAGUUUUUGUUUAUUAAAUUUUUCCUUUUUAAGAAUUAAAAACAUGUCUCAUGACGGUUAAAGGACCUUUGCAACGUUUGUAAUGCCUUUUCAAACUGUUACAUUUAACGUAUUAAAGAGCAGGCUUUGUUUUAUUUUUUUACUCUGUUAUUUAUUGUUUGAAAUGUCAAAAGAGUUGACAGAAAUGAAAUAAAUACAAUUGUGUUAUUUAAACUGAACAGAAAGUGGUCUAAAGAAGAAGAAAACUCACAGUUACAUCUCUGUCAUGCCCUUUUUGAAGUAAACCUAUUACAGUUAUAACAAUAUUUAUAUUUAUAUCACUUCUGUUGUAUGUUAUGGAACAAUAAAACACUGAUUGUGAGAAAAUAA